GACUACAUUUAUUGUUGGAUACAUAAUAAAUAAGUACAUCAAACUAUCAGGCCAUUUAAAAAAACCUAAAUUGUAAGGAUAUAAAAAGAAAACCUGAGCAGGGAAGAGUCCUGCGGAGUGCUACUGUUAUGUGCAGCAUAAGUGACUUAACAGUUAAAGCUGCCAGGCUACUAGCGGCUAGCAUUAGCCAGACAGUGUUGUUUGUAUUCCAGGCACGGCGUGACAUUUUAUCACUUGAAGUAUUAACGUAAGUGUUUACCAACAGCAAUUUUGCACUAGCGUGAACGCUGACACCGUAUUUGUCCCGGGAGACUAACGCAAUAAAAACGGCAGCCGAACGACAGGCCACAAAUGGAGCCAGGGACCUCACGUGAAAUUCCGAACGCCGCGGGGAGCCCUAAGCCGACCGGUUUGCGGGAGGAGACCCCAGGGGAAGAGGCGAAGGGCGGAGAGGGCAGCACCGUGAUGAAGAAGCAGAGAGGAGUGGAUGAAGACACCGCGGAGGAGGCGAAAGCGCAGUGUGAUGAUGAUGAUGAGAAGCGGAUUAAAACCGGAGAGGAAGAAGAUGCCGGCAAACGCGAGGAGGAACUGGACCCAAGAAUUCAGGAGGAGCUGGAGCACCUCAACCAGGCCAGUGAUGAGAUCAACAAGCUGGAGCUGCAGCUGGAUGAUGCCAGGUCCAGCUACAGGAGGAUUCUCACUGAUUCUGCCAGAAAGCUCAAUGCUCAGGGUUCCCAGCUCAGUGCCUACAUUGAGAAAGCAAGGCCCUACUAUGAAGCCCGCAGACUUGCCAAAGAGGCCCAACAGGAGACCCAGAAGGCAGCUCUGAGAUAUGAGAGGGCUGUUUCCAUGCACACUGCUGCCAGAGAGAUGGUGUAUGUGGCAGAGCAGGGCCUCUUGGCUGACAGGAACACCAUGGACCCAACCUGGCAGGAGAUGCUUAACCAUGCCACCGCCAAGGUGAACGAGGCGGAGGAGGAGCGCCUCCGCAGUGAGCGGGAGCACCAGCGAGUCACACAGCUCUGUCAGGACGCAGAGGCUCGAGUCCAGACGCUCCAGAAAGCACUGAAGAAGGUCAUCCUCAAAUCCAAACCUUACUUUGAACUCAAGGCUCAGUUCAAUCAAAUUCUAGAGGAACAUAAGGCUAAAGUAGUACAGCUGGAGGAGCAGGUGGCAAAAGUAAAAACUCGUUACUCUGUGGCUCUGCGGAACCUGGAGCAGAUCAGCGAGCAGAUCCACGCACAGAGGGGCCAAAUCAGGGCCAGCAGGGGACGUCCUGCGGUCUGCGGGGGGCGGAGCUCCCCUGUGGGUGCUGAGGCUGAGGUCAGAGCCGCCGUCGGGAUUCACAUCAGUAGCUGUGUGGGAGUCGGCGGGAUAGAGAGCAACUGGGCGGACGGUGAGAAAACCAGGCUAUGGGUGGAGAGGCACAGAGAGAGUGGCUGGGGCCAGAGGGAGCGGCUGGAGGUGGAGCAGGCAGGCUUAGACUGCAUGUCAGUCAUCAGCCUGCAGACCAUCGCCUCUGACCUGGAAAAGUGUGACUCAGUGGAGCACCUGGGUGACCUGAGCGAGACGGGGAGCAUGCUAGGUGAAGUCUUGGACUGCGUCAGGAAGCCUAACGAGAGGCCAGUCAGCAGGGAGGUGGUGACUGAGGGGCCCCAGCGGGAGAGGGCCCACCUGGAGAAGGGAGUGGUUAGUAAAGAGAUGCAGGAGAGCUUUGUCAAACAGCACCACAGAAGUGUUAGUCUAUGAUAAUCAGCAGGAGGAAGAUGACGAGUGAGGAUCAUGGCGAGCGUAUGAUGAGGGAUCAGAGAUGAAAUUAGAUGGGAAAGAGAAAGUACCCUGACUGAGAGGAGGUAGACUAGCUGGCAGGAAUGUGAAAUGGAGAGGCUGACAGUGACUGACACAGCGCCGCACUGACACUGCAGGUAGGAAUAGCAGCGAGGGAGGUACAUUGGCCGCGCACUAAUGAAUCUCUACGUAAUGGCAAUAAACAGAGAGAGCAGUCCUGCAGAGAGCACUGACCUCCACUCACACUUGUACUUUGAAGUGUGUGAUCCAGUCUGUUGCUCCACACACUGAAACUUCAACAAAAGUGCAUGAAACAAACUAGUCACUGUAGAGUACAGACAGGCAAUUUAGAAACAAUGCAAAGACAUGCUAGUGUUUAAUCUGUCUGGUUUUUAAUGUCCCUGCAGACCAUUUAAAAAAGUUCAGUGUUGACAUGGUUAGGCCUGUCGCAAUUAUUACAUGAUAGCCUAUUUGCGAUUCAUUUUGUAAAUUGUUAGAUUCCACAAUCAAGGGAAUUUUACAUGAAAGAAACAUAAAUGCCAUAUUUCCAUCACAUUUUCCACCUUGUAUUCCACCGUUUGAGGUUUUACUGGCGCUCUUUUAAUUACAUCAUCACAUAGCGCCCUUUUCUUCUGCAAUGGUUUAAUGGCACCUGACUGGAGAAUUAGUGCCCCCAACUAUUUGCCUUGAUACGCUCAACUUCUAAUAUUCCCAUAAUGGUAGUGGAUGGAAACGCACAUUAAGUGGCAUUUUCUUUUGCCGAUUUUGCUACAUGUGGAUGGAAGCCUGGCUAAUGUUAAAAAUGUCACAACAAAUAGAAUGCGAAUUAGGUGCAUUUCCAUCAGCUGGGUUGAGGCACAUAAACGGUCUACCUGAGCACAAGGUUCCAAUGACAGAAAAACAAAAAAAGAGCUUGGCUGUCUAGACCUUACUGCUAUUUGGCAGGUUCUUUUGUUUCAGCUCAAAUGAGACCAUAUUUGCUUUUCUAAGCAAGAUGAUGACAGAGAUUUGCCAAUAAUCUGGUCUCUUGAUUUAUAGUGGAGAGUUUUUCCUACAGGUGUAGCAGUGCGUUUGACAGCUCUGGGGAAAGGAAUGCUGGAGAUCAUUUACAGUCAGUCCUUUGCUGCUUAAUUUGAGUAUGUUUAAACCCACUUUAGAAUUGUUGUGUAAUUUAAUUGGACCAAACAGCUGAUCUGUCAUGUAAUAUUUGCUACAUUAUUAUUUAUUCGUCAGACAUUUCAUUUCCAUUGACUAUUUGUCACAAACUCUUUUAUGGACAAAAGGAAAAAACACCUCAAGCUAAUGUGAAACCUUUUUAGUGAUACUGUGGAAGUUGUGUCGAAUUUUCUCGCUUCCAUCCAGCUUUUCUACAUAGAUAAUUUGCAUAAAAAUGCUUGGAUAGAAACAUGGCUUUAUGUUUCCCCGUUGCAUAUUAACUUUUGAAAUUAAAAUCAAGCUUCCAUCUACAUUAAUUAAGUGUCUUGAACCACUUUUUCGUUACAUUAUGUCGGCCUACAGAACAGUUUCAGAACAAGCUAUUUAAAAUAAAUCUAUGUGCAGCAGAGCGAGAGGUGAAACAUUGUUUCAGAAUGUGCACAUGCGCAAACUAUCUGAAGAUUAAUUGACACCCCUUUGCCAACUAUCGCAUCAUUUCGAUGAGCAGCCACUGAAAUUAACAACAUGGAUUCAAGCCUAGUUGCAAAGCCAAACACAACAGUACCGCUGUGUGGCAUAACAUGAACAGAAAAAGACAAUUCAAUUGUUAAUUGCAAGUAUUUGUAUGACAAUUAAUCAUCAAAUACAAUUUUGUGAUUGUGACAGCCCUAGACAUGGUAUCAACUUGUGUUUUUGCUUUAGGGAUGGAUGGAUGUGCUUCGUAUUUAAAGGCUAAUUACAGUUUGUUAUAACUUUGGUUUUAUUUAACGUCAUUAACUACUUACUUUUAUUUAACUGCUGAGAUCUGGGAACAUGGAAACACAAGCAGUCAGAUGGUUUCUAAACAGGCCAACAGUUUAUCCAGAUUACGUAAACCACUUUAUAAGCCAAGUCGCUCUGUAAACUGUGAUGGAUGUUUACGAAUAACAUAUUGGGUAAUUUCCAGACCUGCAAACUUGUUGCUUUUAGGUAUUUAAUUUUUUUUUGUACUUUUUUUCUUCUUUUUUUUUUAAAUUGACAUUCAGCAUUAGAUAAACAUUUCCAUAAGAUGUAUUUCAGAUACUCUAUGUAUAAAUCAUAUAUUCAUUUGUCACAGAUCACAACAUAGUACUUUUUAGGACACACAGAGAAGUGGAAACAAAAACAAAAAAAUUGUGCAAUUUGGCGUGAUCUUUUCUUUACAACAUUCAAUUCAAUAU